AGCCGUUUUGCUCUCUCCCUCUCUAUUCUUUUCUUCUUCUUCCCACAACCGAGAGCCUCAAAGGCUAAUCACAUCGCCACUCGCACCAUCGGCCACCAUGACCGACGCUUGACCACCGCCCCAACGGCCUCCAUAUGCGAAUGAAAACAACCCUUAUGAAGCCUUAAGUUGCUGCCUUUCUCUUUGGCCGAGACCUCAUCUACUCUCCACUCACACAAACGACGACUGUACACCAAGAUCCCACAACUCGUCGAUAACGCAUAUGGUGAAGAUCCAAACACAACAAAGGUUUCCCGAGCAACCUUCAAUGCUUCGGUCUCAAGCCUGGUGGCUCAAAUCGCAGGAUCCAGCUGUGAGAGGGAAGGCAUCUGGACAGUCUAAAUUUAGAGGCCUAUUUUCGAAGAAUGUUCCAAGCGCUCCACCCACAUCAAACUCAAGGCUUUCACCACUACCUCCAGAACCUGCUGGUUUUAAUUACGGUCGUGAGGCAGCAAUCGACAUUCCUCUGGAUACAGCUUCAGGAGGAUCAUCUCAGGAUUUGAAAAAGAAAGAGAAUGAACUCCAAGCUAAGGAGGCUGAACUGAAUAGGCGGGAGUAGGAAGUGAGACGAAAAGAAGAGGCAGCAACAAGAG